AUGGAAGCAAUACCACCAGUUGAGAGGAUAGUAUCACCACAGACGGCGGAGGUCUCCAGAAGGUUCAAUGCAGCUACUGAGGCUCUAGCAGGAGCAGCUUCGAAAGGAAAAAACCACAUACUCGCAGCUUGUCAACAGACUCGCGAUAAGCUGGGACCAGCGGCUCUACCAGUAGCCCUUACUACAGCUGCGGUCGCUGCACUGGUUCUGGCUGAUCGUCGACGGAGAAGUCAGAGAAGCAGUCUAGACUGGCGGUCACUAUGUAGUGCUUCUAUGUUCAUUCCUAUACCAACACUGAGGGAGCUGUGCAGCGACGGGGCGCCCAUUGAGAUCACUGACGAUAUCAACGAGGGGUGGAAGACAGCCCAUAUAGGAUCAGUCGUGGGCAUCAUCGGCGAAGACCCCCUCGUGGACGAAGUUUUUGACCUCCUGUUCGGAAGCGGAGCUUCAUCUCGUCGUGGUGAAACCAGUAGUGGACUUGAAGCCAGUAUCUGCGGCGGUCCACUCACUACUGGUAUUGAAUCGUCGGGGCAAGGACAGUGUAAGGGGUUUGAAAGCGCUGCAACUUACAGUCAGUACAACGCCAUGAUGAUGCUCAGGGCUAGAGGCACUAUAAACAGUCCGACAAGCGUGGACUCGGUUUCCCCAGCCUCAGCGACAGAGAGAGCUGAGACAUACGACUGUGUUCGCGAGAUAGUGUCAAGCCUGGCUGACCACAUAUUCUUCAUAGUGCGGUCGCUAACUGUCGACGAACAGUGUGCUUUGGAGAAGGUCCUCACUCAAGCUUCACGAAGCAACACACAGGUGACGGUGCUCCAUCUCAUACCAGGAUGCAAUAAUAUGGAUCAGCUGAUGUCGGCUUUUCACGGUCAGCUCAGUUCACUUUACCGCAACUCUGUUCGGGACUCGAGCUCUGGAGUGUGCGUCCGCGCCACGCCGUAUAAAGACUACGCCUUCUGCGCUUGCCCACUGAGAGGCACAAUGGCAACCUCUAGCCCGCUGGUGGGUUCAGACUCUAGUGGUAAACAACACCAGUCAGUGUUGACCAAGCAUUAUGCCUUGGCUUCCAAAUUGGAGAGCCCUGAGGCACUUCGUCAAAUCCGAAACGAACUGUUACUUCUACUGCGUGGUGCGACAGCUUUCGAGUCGUCCAAGUGUGAUGCGGACACUGAAGUGGUGGCCAGUUCACCCAUUGAUGUUAUCAAAGAGGGCAUGCAGAGGACCCUCGUCAGGUACUGUGCUGUUGUGAACCCUGCUGAGGAGGAUAAUGCUGACAAGGCCACAUCUCCCUUGAAUGAGGCAGCUGAGGACACUGGUGAAGAUGGUGAUGUGCUGACGGUCGAUGUUGUCGAAGUGCCGGAUAACGAGGCACCGUCGUGGAGGGAAACCUUCUGUCGGAAGAUCGGCCUUAUUCGCAAACCUCGUCGAGACUACGAAGCGAAAUUGCUAGUUCGCUGCCCUCCUGGGUGUGCAGGAAAAGUCGUACCAGUGUCCCAGAGUUUGAUGGUGGAUGAACCCUCCUUGAUUCCAAGGAGUUGCGUAUACGAGACGCUUGAUCGUGAUGGUAGGACUAUCAUCAAACACAUCGACAUCGAAGCACCUGGUAUUUCCUUCGAUGAUGUUGAGGUUUCCGUCAUCAAACGAGAAUGGCUGUCGUGCUUGAUGACGAAGCCAAUACCUGAGGAUGCCGAGAGUCGAUUCAACUUCACUGAAAAUACUAUCGCCUAUGGUUCUGUGCAUCGGUGGUUCUGGCUUGGGAGCCCGACUAGCAAGGCACGCAACGGUGCAGCAGGUGAUGAUGCUGGCAUCAUGUACAGACCAGUGCCGCAACCAAAUGGAAUCUCACUCUUCAAUGGCAUAUUAUCGAUACAGCUGUAUCGCAUCGAUACGAGUCAUGUGGUGAAAAGAAGAGCAAAUCGCAGCGUUGCGGGCGGCAGUGCUGUGACGAGCACCACUGCUGGGCAGAGUAAGCAUCCUGAUGCAGCAAACUCAGCAACGAGGAGAGACCCCAACUCGAUUGAUGAUGAGUCAGAGACGAAGCCUAUUGACGAUGAUGGUCGUGUGCCAAUUAGUUCUACGACGGGCUCAGGGAAGAUUGGAUUCUUCGGCUAGUAAACUACAUAAUGAAGACGACAAAGCAGCAGACUUGUCUAGUUAUCUGCG